UUCGCUAAGCCAACGUUGGUCACCCAGUGUCUGAUUCAGUCAUCCUGGAGACACCUGAGCCCUCGGCGAGGGGAGCCAGACUGGACGAUCAUGAAUGUGGUCAUCCCGCUGGGCGGCGUGGGGAGUCGCUUCCAGACCGAAGGAUACCUCACACGGCCGAAGCCCUUCAUCCCGGUCCUGGGCAAACCGAUGAUUCGAUGGGUGGUGGACAACCUGUCCCUGUCAGCGGAUGAUACCUUGGUGGUGAUCUACAAUCCUGCAUGGAUGAGCAUGAAGAAUUUCAUGGAAGAGCAACUCGCCGAUCGGGACUCUCGGGUCAGGCUCGUUGAGCUGCCAGGACCCACGCGGGGCGCGGCAGAGACGGUGCUCAUCGGCCUGAAGUCCUUGCCGGAGGACAUGCUGAAGCGUCCAACCCUUUUGGCCGAUGGCGACACCUUCUACACCGCCGAUGUGGUCAGUCGCUUCCGGGCGGUGGCCAAGACCCACAAUGCCGUCUUUUGCUUCAAGGACACGCAGCCCAAGCCCAUCUACAGUUACAUCAAAUUGGAUAUUGCGGACAACAUCAAGGAGGUCAAGGAGAAGAUCAAGAUCAGUGACUGGGCGAACACAGGCUGCUACUGCUUCCGCGAUGGUGCCGAGCUGGCCCAGGAGUGUGAAGCGCUCAUCCGCCGCGGUGAGACGCAACUCAGUCAGGAUCAGAAGGGCGAGUUCUAUACCUCCGGCGUGAUCGCAGCAAUGAUCGCGCGUGGGGCGCCAUUUCGUGGCAUCAAACUGGACCGUGAAGACUUCCACGUGCUCGGGACGCCCACACAGGUGGCGGAAUGGUGUGCGAAGUGGCCCAACCAGCCCAAGAUGCGCUUUGUUUUCGACUUGUAUGGCACCUUGGUGACGGAGAAUGGCAAGGCCAUCGAGCGGAACUUGCGCUUGUGCCGUUCCUUGAAGAAGCAGGGCCACCACGUGGCCGUUUGGACAGAGAGGCCAGCUGAAGAGGGUGCAGCGACCCUGGACCUAUUGCAGAGCUUGGGAGUCGAGUACCACGAGCUUCACUUUGGCAAAGUGGUUGGUGACUUCUACAUUGACGAUCGAGGUGUUGACCCCAUCUUGGGAGACCUGGAGAAGCAGAUUGGUUUCUACCAGACGGAGGUCAAAGUCCAAGAGGCUCGCGGCAGCCACGCAGCGGCGCGGCUGCGGAUGGGCGCUGCAGUGGCAGCACCGAAGCCAUCCAAGGAGAGUAUGAUUGGCUUUGCUGUCGGGCUUUCGCUGGGACUUCUUGUCGGAUAUUCCUUGAAAAAUCGUUCCUGAUGCCACCAGUGAAUGAAUUGUUAUUGAGUAUUUUCUCAUGAUGUGUAGAUAGCAGGUGUUCCGAGGUGCAAAGAACACCUUGAGACCUGCAUCAAGACGUUUCAAGAAGUUGGACAUGACCUGGAACUAGGCCAC